UCUUCGUUUACCAACGUGAGGAACCUGAAAGACACUGUUUGGUUGCUGUUCACAUCACAUCAAAGACAAAAUCAACUAACAACAACAGCGAUAACGUCGAUACAUAAAUGAUCCUGAUGCUUUCAUUUUCCCUCACUUGAGUCUGCUGAAAUUGAAAUAUUCAUCUUGUAAUUUUUCUUUACCUUUCAUCUUCUUCUCCGUCAACUUUUCUCCUUUCUGUAUUUCGCCUCGGAGUUUUCGCUGCCUUAUUCCCUAUUUAAGAAGCUAUCGUAUUUCUCUCUUUAUUCUAAUUUUUGUUCCGUCGUUGCCGCGUUCUCGUCUUCAGAAUGGCUACUGCUGUCUUUAACCAAGCCAUUGGGACUCUUCAGUCCAAUAGACUUUUUUAUAGCUCUGGAGCUCAUCGUGAAUUUGGAAAUGUUCCGGUGAGAUUAACUCCAAAAGGUUUCAAAGCCAAUAUAAAAUUGUCAAUCAACUGGACCUAUGGCUUUAGCAAGAAGAAUUUUGGUGUGAUUCAAGCAUCAGCUUCUCCAACUUUGGUGGAUCCUGUUUCAUCCCCUUCAAAUAACAACACCGCUGACUGCAAAAAGAAAAGAAGUGAAGCAGCCUUGAUUCUGGUUCGUCAUGGUGAGUCUUUAUGGAAUGAAAAGAAUCUGUUCACAGGUUGUGUUGAUGUUCCAUUAACCAAGAAAGGUGUGGAAGAGGCAAUUGAAGCUGGAAAGAAAAUUAGCAACAUACCUGUCGACAUGAUUUAUACAUCAGCACUAAUUCGUGCACAGAUGACUGCUAUGCUUGCCAUGACCCAGCACCGACGUAAGAAGGUGCCUAUAAUUAUGCACAAUGAAAGUGAACAGGCAAAGUCUUGGAGUCAAAUUUUUAGUGAAGACACCAUGAAGCAAUCCAUUCCAGUUAUAACAGCAUGGCAAUUGAAUGAAAGAAUGUAUGGGGAAUUACAGGGUCUAAAUAAGCAGGAAACAGCAGAUAGAUAUGGGAAGGAACAAGUUCAUGUGUGGCGGCGGAGUUAUGACAUUCCUCCUCCUAAUGGUGAGAGCUUGGAGAUGUGUGCUGAAAGAGCUGUUGCUUAUUUUAGAGAUCAGAUUGUACCCCAACUUCAAGCUGGAAAGAAUGUAAUGAUUGCUGCCCAUGGCAACUCUCUGAGGUCCAUCAUUAUGUAUCUUGACAAAUUAACUUCUCAGGAGGUGAUCAGUUUAGAAUUAUCAACUGGAAUACCAAUGCUUUACAUAUUCAAAGAGGGAAAGUUCAUCAGAAGGGGAAGUCCAGUAGGACCAACCGAGGCAGGGGUUUAUGCUUAUACUAGGACUUUAGCUCGAUAUCGGCAGAAGUUGGAUGAGAUGCUUCAUUAGUAUCUUUGAAAUGUAGGAAUUUACUUGUUAUUGCAUCAAAUCUAUGGUUGUGUCGGUGUAUUGUCGGAUUACGAAGGAAGGAAAUACGCUCAAGUGAAAGCUAGUUUACAUGAAAUACGCCGGUAUCCAUAUGGUUAUAAACCGAAAGCUGGCUAUUGCUUUGUGUACUAUUUUGUACUAGUCGACCUUAUGAGGCCUUGGCUUUGUUCAGGUUAGAUCUUUGUCUGAUAAGAUACAUGCGCAAGUCUAAGAUGGACUGUAAUAAGAUCAAAUUUCCUCCUGUUUUAUCA